AUGUCGCAAACUUGGGGGUUUAAGCCCAAAUGGAUGGUGAAUGCCUCGCUCGAGCAUCGCAAAGUUAUCAACAACACAUGCUGGAGGAACAUUCGCGAAAUGUGCAGCAUUUUAGACCGCGCCUAUGACUACGUACAACCCGAACAAAAGGAAGAGUUCAAUGCUUGGCAGAGGCUUUAUCGCCCCCCUGGCGAAAGGUCGCACCGCCCUCCUCACUGGAGGUCACAUCGCAAUGCCAACACUGCCCAGGCACCCCCGGACACCGUGUCCGAGCAGCUUACGGAGCAAGAAGCAAACCUCCAAGACGCUUUUGAAGUGAUGAUGGAUGAUACGGUGCUGGACGGGCUUAGGGAGCUCGAAAAUGCAAUCCAGGACAACAUGCUCCCACGGACUUUUUCGCUCCAGGACAUCAACGUAAACCAAGACACCAUGGAUACAUCCAACAACGAGAGUACGACUCUCGAAGAUGUGUUUCAACUAGAAGCAGAUGACGAGCAUGAAGAAGAAGCAGACACGGAUCUGGACAGCUCGUUUUCGUGGGGAGACGCGGACUUUUCUCUUGACAAUGAGUCUCAACUGGAGGACAGCAUCGCCGUGCAAGCUACGUCUCAGCCGGACGAUGAUUACGUCUCUUCAGAUAUCGCAUCUCAGAUGGAUGACGUGACCUCGACAAAGACGGACGAGACUUCGGAUCCUUCUUCCCAAUCAGGAGAUGAAUACCCCGACCUGAACGUUUCGCCCCAUGGAGAAAAAGACAAGCCGGCCCCGAACAUUGUACCUCAACAGGACCUAACCAUUCCGGAAGCACUGCGGGAUAGGAUGCCUGGUCUCCUCAAGGCGAAGCUCGAAAGGAACGCAGUUUGGGAACAUGUACUGGCAACGAUAAACCAGCCCAGCCUCAAGCCCGCCGUUCGCGAAGCAGAGCCGGUACCACAGGAUCUCAAGGAGACCUACGACAACGCCAUCAUCCAGAUUGAAGAGCUCAAAAGCCUUUGGUAUUGCGUUCAAGAGACACAACGAUACGUUCGAAAGUUGGAGAGAAACUACAAGCAUGCCUGGAAGGACUUGGACCACAAAGCCUGUGUGUAUAGGCACCGAUCGAAGGUGGCCCCGGACUACCAAAUCCAGCACAUGAGGAGCAAAGGUCAAGCGAGCCGCCUGAACGAGUGUAUUGGUAUCGACGAGCCUUGGCCUGAGGGAGAAUAG